AUGUCAAUGCUGGUCGAAGCUUUUCGACUUCUCACAAAUCGGAGUUUGCUAAUUCAUUUCAGUCCUUUCCGACAGGGUUCUGUUGGCGUUUUCAUGGAGGGAAGUUCUGCCCUGGUUGCCGUUUGUGCUUCAAGUGUGGGGCAACUCAUCCAAUUUUCAAAUGUGGUUCCCGCAGUUCCACUAGUCAAAUCAAUGGGGGAUUGCCACAGCAAACUAACACCAGAAAAAGAGAGAGCCCCCACUAUACUCCCCGGGGUCCUAUUGGCUCCAAGCCCCCAACUGCUGCCUUUAGUGGUAACCCCAGUAAAAGUGCCCAUUCUGAGUAGAUUACUGAUGGGUUUUGAUUUGGGGAAGGCGUUGUGUUUGUUGGAUGGUUUUUCAAAAGGGUUUUCUUUAAAAUAUGUAGGACCGAGAGUUGGAGGGUCAUCCCCUAAUUUGAAAUCUGCAUUGAAUAAUCCAGACAUUGUUUGGGAUAUGCUUCAAACUGAGGUGCAGGCAGGCAGGGUUGCUGGUCUUUUUCAAGCUCCACCAUUUAACAAUUUGCGUAAUUCUCCUGUAGGACUAGUGCCCAAGAAACAACCUAACAAGUUUCGCUUAAUCCACCACUUAUCUUGUCUAUCAGGCUCAUCAAUAAAUGAUGGUAUUCCAGCUGAGUUGGCAACUGUUCAGUAUGCCAAUAUUGAUGAAUCAGUUAAGAUUAUUAGGGAUCUGGGUCUAGGCUGUUUCUUGGCUAAAACUGACAUCAAAUCAGCAUUUAGAAUUAUUCCAGUAGCUCCACAUGACCAUUGUUUGUUGGGUUUCAAGUGGGAUGAUCAUUUCUUUUUCGAUAGAUGUCUUUCAAUGGGGUGCUCAACAUCAUGCCGCAUUUUUGAACAUUUUAGUUCAGCUUUAGAGUGGAUUUUGCUUAAAGUUGUGGGCGUUGAGGCAACUAUCCACAUUUUGGAUGAUUUCUUAUUUCUGGCACGAACUAGGAAGCGCUGUUUUUCGGAUUUGCAGCCUUUUUUGGAUUUGUGUGCUGACAUUGGGGUUCCAAUUGCACAGGAAAAGACCAUGGCACCCAACACUUCCAUGGUGUUUGCAGGUAUUGAGUUAGACACAGUUCAAGGCGAGUGUCGACUGCCACAGGACAAACUGUUGCGUUGCCGCAGCUUGAUUUAUACUUUCUUAGUAAGGAAAAGGGUGAUGCUCAAGGAAUUUCAGUCUUUGGUGGGGACCUUAAAUUUUGCAUGCAUUCUGGUGGUUCCAGGCCGGGCAUUUUUGCGUAGCUUAAUUGAUUUGACAAAAGGAAUAAAGAAACCAAAUUUUUAUAUCCGAUUGACCAAAGAGGUUAAAGCAGACCUUCUUGCGUGGAAGCGGUUUUUGGGUGCUAUCUGGCAUUCGUCCGAUUCUCUUUGUUUGUUCACAGAUGCAGCAGGGUCACUGGGGUACGGUGGCAUUUUCAGUUCUCAUUGGUUUUUUGGGGAGUGGCCAGCUGACUGGAAAGUUCUUAAUUUUGCAGUCUUGGAGUUAUUUCCAAUCAUGCUAGCUAUUGAAGUGUGA